AAUAAAACGACAGGAAUGCGGCGCGCUUCAGGCCCUUGGUUUCGCUGAACUGUCAAUCGUUUCGGUGUUUGGCGAGAGUACCCAGACCCUUCACGGAAACGAACACUAUUAAUGCUGGAGUGGUAAACUAUGGCUACGCGACAUUUUGCGAAUCGGCUCCCGGACCUGGUGCCUGGUGCAGCCCCUUCGUCGGCAGCUGUUGUCCCCCGAUCAACUCUCCUGGCCAGCUUUCAAGAGACGCUCGCAGCUGUAAACGCGUAUCACGGGCACAGCCCAACCGUGUACACUGGCACCGCGGGCGUCGCUUUUGCACUAUGGCACGCGCGGCGGAGCCUGCAGCGCGGCUGCCAACAAUACCAGCCACCCGGCGCACACGGCGGGGCAGCGGCGGCCCCCGCGGCUCCCCUGGCGCCGGCGCAAGGGGUAAACGAUAUCGAAACCCUGCCGACUGAGCUUCCAUCGACGCUUCUGGCGGCAGCACUGGAACAUGGACGCGAGGCCCUGGCCGGCCUUAAAAAGAAGGGUGCGUCACUCUCGACGGGGCCUCGCGGUGCCAGCAUGCCAGACGGCGGCGCCGGCGUGCACAUGACCGCGGCGCUGGUGCUGCAUGAUGCCGCGGUGGAGGCGGCAGCGGCAGCGGGGUCAGGAGCAGCAGGAGCACAGGGGGCAGGCACGGGUGGUGGAGGCGGCGGUGGCCAGGCAGCGGAGGCGGCCGCGGCGCUGCUGGCGGAGCGGGACGAGCACGUGCGGUCGUUUCUGGACUCGUACCCCGAGGCGAUGGACUCGGAGAAUGACGAGUUCUUGUACGGCCGGGCUGGCUACCUGCAGGGCGCACAGCUGCUGAACGCGGCUAUAGGGCCGGGCACCAUCCCGGACGAGAUCAUUGAGGGCGUGGCCACGGAGAUGCUGGAGUCAGGCCGUGAGAUGGCGGAGCGGCUGCGCUGGCGCCGCACCGACACGCCCGCGCCGCCGCUGUUCUACAUGUGGCCGGGGCGCGAGCGCGGCGAGCCCUACCUGGGCGCGGCGCACGGCAUGAUGGGCAUCUUGUUCAUGCUGCUGCACUGCGGGCCCGCCAUCUUGGAGGUGGAGGAGAACCGGCAGCAGCUGCGCGCCUGCCUCACGUAUGUGGCGAGUCACGAGAAGGACGCCCCCGGCUGCAGCGCGCGCGGCGGGCACUACCCCACCAAGAUGGCUAUGUCGCCGCCCGAGCCGCCGCCGCCCGGGGAGGCGGGCGGCGCAGCAGCCAAGACACUGGUGCACUGGUGUCACGGCGCGCCCGGAGCCGUCUUCCUGUGGUGCAAAGCGCACGAGGUGUUUGGCGAUGCGGAGUACCUGGCGGCGGCACGGCGGGCGGGGGAGGUGGUGUGGCAGCUGGGGCUGCUGCGGAAAGGGCACGGCCUCUGCCACGGCACCAGCGGCAACGCCUACGCGCUGCUUGCGCUGCACCGGGCCACGGGCGGCGGGGAGGCGGCGGUGUGGCUGCACCGGGCGCGGCAGUUCGCGGGCCACGUCAGCGGCGCCGAGGGCCGCUCCGUGUUUGACACGCCCGACAGGCCGCUGUCGCUGUUUGAGGGCCGGGCGGGUGUGCUGUGCCUGCUGGCGGACCUACUGGCGGACGACGGCGGCUCACACGGCUCGCGCUUCCCCGCCUUCGAGCUGCCGCCGCCAACCCGCGCGUGAUGCAGCGCGGCUCAGUGUGUAUGUGCACGCGUGUGUGUUGAACUUGGCAAGAGGAAGUGUGUGAGAUGGGUGGGUGUGUAAAGCAACCAUAUGUGGUUUGACACGUGCACGACGCCGCAUGUUAGUUCCGUGAUGUGUUGUUCUGGGCACGAUUUAUAGGUUGCCUGGAGGUGUUGGAUGUCGGCGAGUGGUGUGUUGCCAGUGCGGUGGUCGUGCCUGUGGCUCUGUGUGAUUGACUGCUCGAAUGUUGAGGGGAGGACAUCAGGACCCUGUUCCGCCAGCACCCUCCUGUGACCCCGGAGGGCUUGGAUAAUUCUUAAUCACACCUGCAGAGGCCCGGGCCGAGUGACCGCAAGACGGUGGGCUUCAUCUUGGAUUCUGAAUGUGUAGCAAUUCAAGCUGGAGAGUGGUUAGGAGGAACAAGUUCAACUUACGUACAUGUGUUGUGACCCGACUCGGUGCAAGCAGUUGCGCUCCUCACAUGCCGGCACGCCGUCACCGGCCGCCCAAGUAUAAGACUUGCAUGCCGGCCUCUUCGCUGAUGUCGUCCAGACGGUCAGAAGUUUUGCCAUGCAUGAAAUCCACUAGUCCUUAACCGGCUGCUGUCGUCAGCGACAUUGCGUACGCCGUGUGGUCAACGCCACGUAUCGCAUCGUAUCGCGUCGCAGGAUCGCAAUCACAUACCAGUAGCCCUCCUUUACUCAGUUCCUUAUACCACCCCGCCCCUGGGCUGCAACACACCAACACAAAUCACUGACGGCCCAGCCGCGUCAGUUGGUCACACAUGCAUACGGUGUAAUGGUGUAUCCUG